AUGGUGGACCGAACCAGUGUCGUCCCUAGCCAUGUUGGUGACAACGUGCUUCCGAAUACUCCUCUGUUUAGUCGACUUGUUCGAUUUGCCAGCCAAAUCCCCGCACGCAUAGCGAUCGAGGAUGUUCGUGUCGAGUUGCAGAAGACCCAUAUCCAUCUGCUGUCAGAUGUCUUGGCCUUCCGAAACACCCUUCUCAAUGCCCUCGAUGACGCAACCCGCAAAGCGCUAGAGAAUAGAAAAGAGGUGUACAUGGCCAUUGUCGCGCCAGGCGGUUACGAAUACACCGUGGCAAUGCUGGCGGUACUGGCGCUUGGGGCGGCCGCGGUGCCAAUGACGCCAGCAGUGCCUGUAAGUGAGGCGGCAUACUUCAUCCAAAAGUCCAGAUCAGCGCUCGUUCUUGCGAGUUCGGAGAAUAUAGACAAAUGCUGUCUUCUUGCAAGGCGCAUCUGUUCCACGAGCAACGCACAGUUUCGGGCUGUCGAAAUAAGACCGUUCGUCUCAUCCCCCACUCUUGGCGCUGAGGAAGUAAUCAUUUCAUCGGAUCGGGCCUUGGAGGAGAACGCGCCCGCAGUGGUGAUCUUCACAAGUGGCACCACGGGACCACCCAAGGGUGCGGUGAUGCGGAGAUCAUACGUCUUUGACUGUGCGCUGUCCAUCGCUGACCACUAUCACUUGACUGAAGACGACGUCAUACUCCACCUCCUUCCAGUACAUCAUGCCACAGGGGUCGGCAUAAAUUUUUUUCCGUUCCUCGUUUCUGGAAGUCGAAUCGAGUUCCGUAGCGGAGCUUUCGAUGAGGCUUGGACGUGGAAGCGCUGGAAGGAGGGGGCAGCCCACCCUUCAAGGCGACUUACAUUCUUUUCGGCAGUGCCCACUAUCUGGAUGCGACUUAGACGAUUUUAUCAAACUCACCUGCGUAAACUCCCUGCACAUGAACUAGCUCCGUACGUUGCUGGCGCACGGCAAUUCCGCGCUUGUUUGUGCGGAACGUCGGCGUUACCUCAGCCGCUGAACGACUUUUGGACAGACCUAUUGCAGCAGAAUAUCCUGCAAAGAUAUGGAGCAACUGACUUCGGCGCAAUCUUCAAAAUGCGACUUGGAGAUAAAGACACACCCAAAGGUUCUGUCGGUGAACUUGAGAGUGGUGUAGAUGUGAAGCUGUCCGAGGGAAAUGAAGGAGAGAUACUCGUCAAGAGCCCGCAUAUGCUUAUGAAAUAUCUACAUGACUCUGAAGGUACAGCCACUGCGCACGAUGAAUAUGGGUACUUCCGAACCGGCGAUCUUGCACGAAGGGAAGGGAAGUAUUACUUCAUCCUCGGACGAGCGUCCCUGGACAUCAUCAAGUCGGGAGGGUACAAAAUAUCAGCUCUGGAUGUUGAGAGAGAACUGCUGGGAUUGCCAUACAUCGCCGAAGCCAUGGUCGUGGGCGUUGCAGACGAGGAGUUUGGGCAACGUGUGGCAGCCCUAGUCUCGUUACAAGAAGAGGAUAUGACAAUGGAUUUUCCAGACAAGCGGCUCAAUACGAGAAACUCAUUAACUAUUGAUAAGCUACGGCGGGAUCUCCGUGGAAGACUUGCCGGGUACAAGUUGCCGACACUCUUGCGAAUUGUAAACGGCGAGCUGCCAAAAACCGCCACGGGGAAAGUCCAGAAGAAGAUCCUUGGGCCGCAGUUCUUCCCAAGGGCAUGGUCCAGCUGCCCGGGCAUACAGAAAUGGGUUCCAGACACCGGAAGACAGUUAGCGAAGCUGUGA